GCAGAGCAGAUAGACGACUCGACAUUCAGCACUGUGAACGACGACGCCCCCACCAGGGAAGUGGGCAAUUGUAGCAGCUCGCCUGACCUAAAAAUAGCUAGCGCGGGUCUGAUAAAUAGCAUAACGUGGCGACCUAUACUAUCGCUUGCAUCAGACCACUUGCCCAUUAUCGUCUCGAUUGAGAGACCUGCCGACUUCGUUUCCACGAAUCACCGGUCCUAUUUGAACUUUAAAAAAGCUAAUUGGGCCAGCUUCACGGAAUUCACCGAGGACACCUUCGCCGCUCUUUCCAUCCCCACUGAUGUGCGCGUAGGCGAACGCGCAUUCCACAAGGUGCUCACAGCUGCUGCGGCUCCCUUCAUUCCAGCUGGAAAUUUUAAGGACAUUCGUCCCCAUUUUCCAGCCGAAACAGCCAGCUUGGCAAACGAGCGUGACCACCUACGCCAGGUCGAUCCCGGGGAUCCCCGCAUAAGGAAUCUCAAUUUGGAGAUUCGGCAACUGGUAGACCAAAAUAACCGGACUACAUGGGUUGAGCACUUGGUACAGGUCUCCAAGGAGCAAACUCUCGCAGCAAUCCUGCUCCCGCUCACAAGCGGCCCCUGCCUCUACGGCUACACUGCCCUCAGUGCCGGCACAUCACACUGCCGCCACAUACAACAACGGUAA